AUGUGGCCCCGUCAUGGCUCGCUGCUGAGCAUCCUAUCGGUAUCGGCGCUCUCCCCGGCGGUACUCGCCGUCUGGCCGUUUCCCGAGCGACAGUACAAGGUUGAAGGUUGGAUCAAUAGCGGACAGUUGGGCCUCGAUAUCAAAGGCAGCGUCGUAGCUCUAGGAGAUUGGGACGCAGAUCAGUAUCUAGACUUGUUCGUCCUAGACGACAGCCGGACGAACGUGCAGAUACAUCGCUUCGAUCCAGUCGGUCAUGUCUACCAGCUAGCACAUGAGCUGUCGUCCCCGAAGCCCGUAGAGAACGUUAUUCCCGCAGACUUCAAUCAAGAUGGACGGCUCGACCUCGUACUGCUUACCGUCAACGAUGGCACAGACCAAGGAUGGUGGGCGCAUGGAGGUGAUGAUUUAGUCGCAAUGUUACAUAUUCAGGAAAAGGAUGGCGCCCCUAGAAAGGAAGGCAUCAACAUCGAGGGCUUCACACAUAACCAGCCUUUCAUCGUAGACGCCGACGGAGACUUGAAACCAGAUCUCCUCGGUACGGGCCGGACAGAAUCCGGAGGGGAAUCCCUGCAAAUGUGGAAAGAAUCGGACGGGGUAUUCGAGAGGUAUCAAGUUCCGCUAGAGCCGGCAACGAAACUUUGCCGAUUAGCAGAACCUCAUAGUAACGCUUUUGUCGAUCUCGAUGGAGACUGCCUUGCAGAUCUGUUCUUGAUGUGCGAGCGCUCGGGCUCGAAGCGCUCUUUCCAAAUCUGGCGUAACAGGAAGGCCGCUGGGUUCCAUCUCGCGGGCGAGUGGGAUUUACCGGCUGGCGCCGGAGCUGUAACAUUUGCAGAUAUGGACCGUGACGGGACAAUCGAUCUGGUGUUCCCUACAUGCUCGUCCGUGUCGUCUUCGACCGGUAUAGGACGAGGCUGUUCGAUCAACAUUGCUUACAACAAGCAGAAACCGCUGUGUUCAUCGUCCAGUGGCAGUUGGCUAGCGGGACUCUCACAAGUGGUAGCCGUACCCAAGAAGGACUGCAGGGAGUCGUUUGAUCUAUGCACGGCGGAUGAAGCUUUCACUUUUGAUCUGGGCGCGACGAGCGAUGCAUUUACCACUGUACCAGUCGUUUCUCUCUUCCCUGGCACAACCUCGCUAUUGUUUGCGGAGCCAAAGACCUCGACCAGCAAGACUGCCGCUCAUAUACCGUUACGGAUCGGCGAUUACAACAUCGACGGGUUCCCGGACAUCUUGGUGCUCGUACCAAAUAACACUGCAGCACCCCCCUCAGGAGGCAUCUUCGGGGGAGGCAGGAACCCCGGCGUACAAGUACGGGUGCUCGAGAACACAGCCUGCAAGAAAAAAGACGCCGCUUGCCAAGAUGGCAAAUACCAGGCGAGAAGACGACAUUUCAAGGUGGAGGAUGAGGUUGGGAUGAGCGCUCUCGACGACAUUUGGGAUGCGACGAAUGCGGCUUGGUUGGAUGUUGGAGAAGAUGGCACCCUGGACAUUAUAGUUGAACGCACUGGCAGACAGGACGCCGGACGAGUAACCUUCAUCAAGAAUAAUGCCUUCCAUGAUGCAUUUUUCCUCAAAGCCCUUGUGCUAGACGGAGCCUGUCAAGGCGAUGCCUGUAUUUCCGCUUCAGAUGGCGAAUCCUACAGCCCUUAUGGAAGCAACCUUCCAGGUGGUAACUUCAAAUUCACCAUCCUGGACACGGCGGGUAACCGGGUACCAGCUCAGAUACCGCAAAUGCCUCAGACAGCCUAUCGCACCUUGCAAGCACCAUAUUCGUUCUUUGGACUCGGUCGCACCAAUAAUUACAUUGAGAAACUCUUCAUUGGUUCUACAAAACACGACCUGGAGCACUAUACCACGAUAGAAGGCGUCAUACCAAACUCUCACAUCGUCAUCAAUCCACCAUUGCCUAGCGCAGCCAACGGUUCCGCCGAGGUCCGAGAAGCUUCAUCAGACUGGCACAAGACGCUGUAUCUGCAGCCUGGCAAGUGGAUGCAAUGGGUGAUUGCUACGGCGACCGUGAUCGUCGUGAUCUUGGCUGGUGUUACAUACAUGCUGCACAACGCGGAAAAGCGAGAAGACGAGCUCGACCGAAGAAAAACAAUGCAUAGGAUUAAUUUCGCUGCUUUCGGCUAG